CAGAGAGUUGCUCAGUGACGGGAAACCACAGAUAGAGCAGGACCACCACAGAGUCACUGGAUCAGUGGGAUCUUGAAGAGACAGAGAGGGUACCUGUAUCCAUUUAAAGGCUUGUAAAAACGCAAGAAAUCCUUGCCAAGGAGAGACUGAGGAAAGACACUUUCCUAUAUUUGUUAUUAUUUUAUAGAGAUUAGCAGAGGAAGACAGAUGACAGACUUUAGGGCAGCUCUAAAGCCCAGUUCUGGGCCUAAGCCAGGGUCUGAGAUCAAGACUAACACCCCAGCAAAGGUCGAUUUCAGAUCAUUGCUCAACAAAAAAGAUGGUUCACCCAGAGCACCUGCUGCAACCCCACCCCCAAGCAGCACACCUUUAGAUUUCAGGUCUGCCCUGAACAAGAAGAAAGCACCAGAACCAGAGAAGAAUGAGGCAAAUGAGCAGAGCUCGAAACCAGUGUCUAAGACACCCCAGAAGGACAAGCAGAGUGGUAUCAAUGGUGUUAAUGGUGGAGCAAUAGACAAAAAGGCUAACGCAACAGAGAAAGCAACAACAGAGAAAAACAGCAGCAGCACCGAUGCAGGAAGGCCCACUGAAAAAAGUGAUAUAGCUCCUGAGAAAGCCAGCCAGGAGAAGAAGAGAGACAAUGGAGAGAUAGCAGAGACUAACAACAAGGUGAAAGCUAUAAAUGGAGGAAAUAACAAUGCAGGAAAACCACCUGUGAUCUUAAAGCCUCUCUGUGACAUCACUGUGGUGGAUGGAGAGAAGCUGAUGUUAGAGUGUCAGGUGACCUCUGACCCCCAAGCUGUCAUCACCUGGAUACUUGAUGGGAAAGUGGUGAAGCCAUCCAAGUUCAUUGUCUUAUCACAGGAAGGUGAAAAGUGCUCGCUUUCUAUCGAUAAGGCUCUACCAGAGGAUGAGGGGCGCUACACAUGCAGAGCAGAGAAUGCAGGCGGUAAAGCAGAUUGUUCUUGUAUGGUCAUUGUUGAAGAUCCUUUAGACCCAUCUGCAGAUAAGAAAAACAAGAAAAGCACUUCUGCUACUCCAACUACAGAAAAUGAAGCCAGAAUAAAGAAGAAACCAGCUCCCACCAAACAGGGUUCACCACCUCAGUUCCUGCAGUUCCCUGGAGAUCAGAAGAUCAGGGCAGGAGAGAAGGUGGAGCUGUUGUGCAAUUUUGGAGGGAUGGCACCAAUAACUUGCACCUGGCUCAAGUUUAAAAAGCCGAUCCAGGCAGGAAGUGGGGGCAUUUCCAUAGAAACCACAGAGAACAGCAGUCAGUUGACAAUCACAGCAAGUGACCAGGAUCACAGUGGUUGCUACACGCUGGAGUUGCAGAAUAAAUUUGGCACCAAGCAGUCCUCACUCAACCUCACUGUCGUAGAUAAGCCGGAUCCCCCAGCUGGCAUCCCUGCUGUCUCCGACAUUCGCAAGUCCUCACUCACCCUCUCCUGGUACGGUCCCACUUAUGAUGGAGGCAGCAUCGUCCAGUCCUACAACCUGGAGAUAUGGAACUCAAUGGAAAACACGUGGAAUGACCUCACAUCCUGUAACAGCACCUCCUACCACGUCCAGAACCUUCUUGCCGAUCGUCAGUAUAAGUUCCGCGUUCGAGCUGUUAAUAUGUAUGGUGUUGGAGAGCCCAGUGCAGAAUCUGAGCCUAUCACAGUGGGGGUGGAGGAGGUUACAGAAAAAAAGGAAGAGGAGGAAGCUGGAGCUGAUGAUGAUGAGGAGAAAGAACCAGAGUACCGAGAUGUGGCCAUUAAGAAAGACUGCAGCGUCAAGGACUUCUAUGAUAUAGAGGACCGCUUAGGAACGGGUAAAUUUGGUCAGGUCUUCAAGCUAGUGGAGAAGUCUAACAAAAAGGUGUGGGCAGGGAAGUUCAUCAAGGCAUUCUCACAAAAGGAUAAGGAGAAUGUGAGGCAGGAGAUCGGUGUCAUGAACAGCCUCCACCACCCCAAACUGGUGCAGUGUGUGGAUGCCUUUGAGGGGAAGUCUGAUAUUGUCAUGGUCAUGGAGAUGAUCUCUGGCGGUGAGUUGUUUGAGAGAAUCGUUGAUGAGGAUUUUGAACUGAGUGAGAGAGAGGUGAUCAAGUACAUGCUGCAGAUCAUAGAUGGUGUCCAGUUUAUCCACAAGCAAGGCAUUGUCCACCUCGACCUCAAACCUGAAAACAUCAUGUGCGUCAACAAAACAGGAAGCAAGAUCAAGCUCAUCGACUUUGGUCUUGCCCGAAGAAUAGAGGAUUCUGGUUCACUCAAGGUUCUUUUUGGAACCCCUGAGUUUGUUGCUCCUGAAGUGAUCAACUAUGAGGUUAUCAGCUAUCCAACAGACAUGUGGAGCAUUGGUGUCAUCUGUUACAUUCUGGUGAGUGGUCUUUCUCCAUUCAUGGGAGAUAAUGACAAUGAGACCCUCGCUAACGUCACCUCAGCCACCUGGGAUUUUGAAGAUGAGGCAUUUGAUGAUAUUUCAGAUCAGGCUAAAGACUUCAUCAGCAGUCUCCUAAAGAAGGACAUGAAGGCCAGACUGACCUGUGCGCAGUGUUUGGGGCACUCCUGGCUCAAGCAGGACACCAGAAAUAUGGAGGCAAAACAGCUGUCCAAAGAGAGGAUGAAGAAGUACAUCCUGAGACGGCGCUGGCAGAAAACAGGAAAUGCAGUGCGAGCCAUCUCCAGGUUCAGUUCUAUGGGAAUGUUAGGAGGCAUUGGCCCAAAGAAAGGUUCUCCGACUGAAGAAGAACCUACUGCACCAUUCCUUGAGUGUAUCGAGGAUGAAAACCACACCCCUGCGGCCCCCACAUUCACCUCUGUCAUAAAGGAUGUGGAAGUGGUGGAAGGCAGUGCUGCCCGCUUUGACUGCAAGAUAGUGGGCUGCCCAGACCCUGAGGUUGUGUGGUACAAGGACGAGCAACCUAUAAAGGAGACCCGCCACUUCCAGAUUGACUAUGAAGAGGAUGGUCACUGUAGCCUUGUGAUCUCAGAGGUUUGCCCUGACGAUGACUCCAAGUACACUUGCAAAGCCGUCAAUAGCCUGGGAGAAGCCAGCUGCACCGCUGAACUGAUGGUUGAGUUUAUGCAGGAGGAGGAGGGAGAGGGGGACGGUGAAGGUGAAGGUGAGGAGGAGGAACAACAGGAGUGAAUAAUGAUGGAUGAGCGAUGGUGUUAGAAAGAGAUGCCAAAGAAACUAUGAAUCUCUGAAACAUCUACACACUUUUAAUGCUUUUUUUCUUACAGACACAGACUGUCUUUCACCAAUGCAAAUGUUUGUACACAAUCUUUGUGUUUCUUCAUACUGUCUAGCAUACUUUGCAAAGAGAAAACCUUUUUUUGUGUGUGAACACUCUUUGCCAAGAUCAAAGACAUUCCAGCUUGUGCCUUUCUGUCCAGACAAUUACCCCAACUGAUUUACCAAAAUGAACAAAAAAUAAUAAAUAAAAACAUUGAUGUUGGGGCAUUUGGCCUUCCAAAGAAUUCUAUCACUCUAUUUGGCUUAUUACAUUAUUUCAAACCAUCCACGUAAGUAAUUUUUUUGUGUGGCAUGAAACUUUUGUGUGCACAUUUUUAGUCUGCACUGUUGUGCAAUCUAGCAGUAACAAAAUUACAUUGCUUUUUUACACUGAUCUAGUUUACCACAGCGUUUUAAUAUCAAUAUGAAGCCAUGAAUAUUAUUUAAAUACUGUUGGAGACCUUACUGUAUAAAGAUACGAAUUAUUAGCAUUUUUUAAAUAUAAUGAGUGUAUUGGCAAUAGUUAGUUAAUAGCUACCAGAAUUAAUGUUUAUCCUAAAUGACUGAAUGUAGUUAAUGAUGAAAGUGACCCACAUAAGUACCUUAAAUUGUACACCAUUAUUCUCUGUCAUGGCUAGAAAUUUGAAAGAUAGAUAGUAAAAUCCUGAAUUAUCUGUGCUUCUUCUGCUUUGAGUUCAAAAUGCUUUUGUGGAGUGAACCUGCUUGCAUUACAGAGCAAUGAGGUGAAUGUUGGGCAGCAAUCUUUAAUACCACCCCAUAUUUAUAGCAUGUGGGGUGGUACUCAAACCUUUUUUUUGUUUGUUUGUUUUUUGACUUUUUCACUUAACCUAUUUUGGCUUAUUUCCCUUCACAUCCCAAGCUUCUGUUGAAGUAGUGUAUUACAAAUAGGCUAAAGUGAACUGAAGACUACCCAACAAGAAGAGUGUAGAAAACAGAUGUGUAGAUCAUGUUAUAUAAUAAGUACAUCUAAAGAGCUCUGUAUGUUAAUUUAGGUUUAUUCAGCAUAAAUUGCAAUGAUUAUCUGAACACUGGUAAAGCACCAUGUUUGCUGUUACUUGUCAGAAUUCCAGCCACAAUGGUUAAUAUAAAUGGGUGUUUCUUCAACUCUCAUUAGUUUAUUUAAUGUGUCUACUAACAAUAUUCAACAGUUUAUGUACAUGCACCACAUGAGAUUUAUAUCAUUUUUGUCAUUUUUUCAGAAGGUCAUGAAAAUUCCCACCACAGUAUAAUUUCCACCACAAAUUCUACAUAGUGUUUAAUUCCGUGAUGGAAAUGAUGGUGAUGGAAAUUACAUUGUUAAUGUUUUUUUAAAAUAAAAUGGUAGACUCCUU